GGUCUUAAACCGGCAGAGGAUGGCAGCAGUGAGCAGUGUGAGCUAAAUGUUGAGAUUUUAUUGAAAUAAUAGAUCGUCGACUAUGCCGGAUUAAUCUGCAGGUCCAACUGAUUCCUAAACUAUAUUAAAUCAUAAAGAAUUCCAUGUUGUCUGCGUCGUGAGGAAUUACACACUUAAAGUCACUUAUAUUUAAAUGGAAUUUGGCGGCGUGAGAAUUGACCGCAUUCUGAAUACCACCAGGCUUUGGACUCAACUAUGCUAGAUGCAUUUAUAAACCGUGGUGCAACAUUUGAAACCACAGCCUGCAGCUGUGUCUGGCGUUUGCCACAGUGGCUGCCCUCGCGUGCCACGGUGACGCGCUCAAGAGCGGCCCAUUCGUGAACGCCCGUCGUCCGUCUGCGUGGAUGGGAUCAGCAGGAGGCACGCGAACGAAAGGCCUCCGCCAGAGAGGGCAAGCUCAUUGAGUUGAAAUGGCUUCAUCCAGUGGAGCACGUAUAUCAUUAAAGUGGAAAUGCUAACACGAACACAGAGCAAGCAUGUUCCUGGCUUAUGACUGCACUGGAAGGAAUACUUACCGGUCAUUAAAGACACCUGAUAUUUCCAGGGUUGCUGACUGGAGACCUCCGUACCAGAUGCCCAAGCCAGUUAAAGGACCAACUCUGACAUUUAUAGGGCAGCCUGCUAGACAAGGGAAACAGCUGAGCUGCAGGUCCAGAAUGUCUUUUUAUCCUGCUCCUGUGAUGUAACAAGGCCGGUGUAAGGUUUCCUUCCUCUGUCCCGGCUUCUACGAGCAGCAGCCUCACAGAUAGACCGAGCUACCAGCCUGAAGAAGACUGUUUCUCCUCAUGGGAAAUAUUUAAGCAGUGCUGCCCAGCCAGUGCUACGUCUUGUUUCAUAUCUCAAUUGUCCCACAAGUAGUCGAUGGCGCUGACUUUUUACUAAGAAAAGUCCAACAACGGCGGCUGAUAACAGUACAGCUCUCAGCUUGAUUGGCUAUAAUCUAGAUGCCAGAGGACCCAAAUACAAGACUCCACUGAAGAAAAGACCCUGAGGAAAUAAUUAUUGUUUUUACUCAUCUCGUCUUUGAAGUUGUGUGUCUUUUUGUUUUUGUUCAAUCGUCUGCAAUCAUGGGGGCCACAGGCUACGGCUACUAUCGUGUAGCCAUCUUCUCCUGCAUGUUCAUCGGCUACUCGCUGUACUUCUUUAACAGGAAGACCUUCUCCUUCGUCAUGCCCUCUGUGAUGGAGGAGAUUGAACUGGACAAAGAUGACUUGGGUCUGAUCACCAGCAGCCAGACCAUGGCCUAUGCCAUCAGUAAGUUCAUCAGCGGCGUGCUGUCGGAUCAGAUCAGCGCCCGCUGGCUGUUCUCCAUCGGCCUCUUCUUGGUGGGGGGCAUCAACAUUGCCUUCUCCUGGUCCUCCACUGUAUCCAUGUUCUCACUGCUCUGGUUCAUCAACGGUCUGGGACAAGGCUGUGGCUGGCCCCCGUGUGGGAAGGUGCUGCGCAAGUGGUUUGAGCCCUCCCAGUUUGGAACAUGGUGGUCUGUGCUGUCCUGCAGUAUGAACCUGGCCGGGAGUCUGGGUCCAAUCCUGGUCACAGUGCUCCUGCAGUACUAUGACUGGAGGACUAUCCUGACCAUGUCAGGCAUUUUCUGUGCUGCCUUCUCAUUUGUUUGCCUGGUGUUUGUAAAGAAUGAGCCAAAGGAUGUGGGCCUGCCCAGCAUCGAGGCAGCAGCCAAGAGGGGGGCUAAGGGAGGCAACAGUGAGAGCACCCUAAGUGAGUUCCUCCUCUCUCCUUUCCUGUGGGUGCUGUCUCUGGGCUACUUGGUGGUGUUUGGGGUGAAGACGGCUGCCACUGACUGGGGACAGCUCUUCCUCAUGCAGGAGAAAGGCCAGACUGCUCUCAUGGGCAGUACCUACAUGAGUGCCUUGGAGGUGGGAGGUUUUGCGGGCAGCCUUGCAGCAGGGUUCCUCACUGACAGAGCUGUAGCUCGGCAAGGCUUGGGCACCCACGGUAACCCUCGCCAUGGCCUGCUCAUUCUCAUGAUGGCCAGUAUGUAUGUGUCCAUGUACCUCUUCAGAGUCACCAUCACACCUGAAAUCCCAAAGGAGGCUCCUCUUUGGGUCCAAGUCAUUCAUCCUGUCUCUGUCCUCAUUGGUGUGUCAGAAAAAGAGAUCUGGAUCCUCAUCCUCGGUGCGGUGUUUGGAUUUUCUUCUUACGGACCAAUUGCCUUGUUUGGGGUGAUUGCCAGUGAAAGUGCUCCUUCAAAUUUUUGUGGGACCUCUCAUGCUGUCGUAGCUCUGAUGGCUAAUGUGGGGGCUUUUAUGGCGGGGCUUCCCUUCAGCACUGUUGCAAAACAACACAGCUGGGACAUGGCUUUCUGGAUAGCCGAGGUGAUAAUGGCCAUCGCCACCAUUGGCUUCUUCCUCGUACGCAACAUGCGCACCAAAAUGGGACGGAUCGCAGAGAAAAUGGACUAAUGUAUCUUCCUCAAAUGAGCCAACUGUCAAUGUCCUGUUACUUGACUAGACAGACUGUGUUCUUGCACUGUUGACUGCUCUGUAUACAGAAUACUGCACAUUAAUACAACUCUAAUUUGACCAAACAAAACCACUGUCAAACAGACUAAUCUCAGACAUUUUUUUCCUGAUGAACUGGGUAGAUGUAGAUGUUCAGGGUGGGCGUGAGUCUUUGAACCAGUUUAGAUUCACAAUCAGGUACUUUAGUCACACAUACUUAGAUUUUUCCUCAUAUUCACCAGCACAAAGAUAAUUGUUCAUCACAAGCUAACAUUCUAAUGCUUCCACUUAAUCCUAAAGGCAGUUGCUUUAUGACAGCUGUAUGCUAAAAAAGAACAUGGGCAUGAAAAUAUGUAAAGGUUUGAGUGGAUGUGUGCUGCUCAUUUCAUACCUUGCCUUCAUUGGAGGUCAGUUAUAUUUAACUUAUUGAAUGUGUACUGAUGGCCCUGUAUAUUCUAGACUAUUAAUUGUCUUAAGUAUUUGCACAAAUGUGGUAGCAUGUGUCAUGGUCAUCUUACCAAUACCUCAUGUAUUUGUAAAAAUGUUAUAGGCUCAUUAAUUCACUGAAUUAAUGAGCCUAUAACAUGAAGCAAUUGGAGAAAAUGUUAUUUUUAUAUACAGUUCUAUGAUACAAAAUAAGACUUUGAUGCUGACUUCUUAGGCCAUGUCAGCUUUUGUGAUCUGACAUGUUUUUAAGGACUGAUUAAUAUCAACCCUUUGCAACAGGCGUUUUGUCACUGCUACUGUAGUUAUGUGCAACAGUUACAAAACUAGGUUAUAUACUGUUAACUUUGUCAUCUAUAAAAUCUGUGAUCUGUGAGUUUUGUCAACUCCAGUAAUAAUGGCUCUACACCCAGUGCCACAUUGGCAUAUCUCUAGCUUACUGGAAUUGUACAAUGGCCUUGAAGGAGUUCAAGACAUCUAAUAAAUGUGAAGUUUACUUUG